GAUAAAAUCGCCAUUCCCAGUAUCCUUGCCUUGUUUCUUUGACCAUCUACUCAAUAUGCUCAACCUCACAAAUAAAGUUGCCCUCAUAAUCGGUCUCGGCCAAACAGGCACCGAGGGCUGGGGAAUCGGUGCAGCAUGCGCCGUGACCUUGGCACGACAGGGAGCCAUCAUCUUUGGCGGAAACAGAACCCUCGCUUCAACAACAAAGACAAAAGAGACCAUUGAAGCAGAGGGCGGAACAUGCGAUAUCAUCGCUACAGAUGCUACAGACUCAGCUUCUGUGAAGGCACUUGUUGAUGCUUGUAUGAAGAAGCAUGGACGUAUUGAUAUCCUUUUGACAAGCGUUGGACAAUCCCAGCCCGGAGAUCCUGCGUCUAUGAGUGAGGAAGUUUGGGACUCGCAAAUGGACAUCAACCUCAAGAGCGUGUAUCUCGCAUGCCAUCACGUCCUCCCCAUAAUGGAAUCUCAAAAAAGCGGCUCUGUGAUCUGCAUCUCCAGCAUCGCAGGACUCCGCUACAUCGGCAAACCCCAAGUAGCCUACAACACCGCCAAAGCAGCAAUCCUACAAUUCGUCAAAGCCACGGCGAUAAUAUACGCAGCCAAGGGAGUACGCUUAAACGCCGUUGUGCCUGGGCUGAUGAACACGCCGUACACAAGGAGUUUGGCGGAGCGGUUUGGGAAGGGGUAUGAGGAGUUUUGCAGGACGAGGGAGGAGCAGGUUCCGAUGGAGAGGAUGGGGGAUGCGUGGGAUGUGGCGAGUGCGGUUGCGUUCCUGGCGGCUGAUGAGGCGAGAUAUGUUACCGGGCAGAAGAUUGUGGUUGAUGGGGGGAUAACGAGCUCUACGGGGAGGGCUUAGGGUUGAGGGUUUUGAGUUUGUGGGGGUAGUAUGUGAGAUGUUGAAGGUAACUUUUGAGAGAUUUAGUUGAGGCUUGAUAAGAUGAAGUUUGACCUGAAAUGAAGCUUUUAGUUAUCUGUCAUAGGAUACCGUUUGUAAGGGGUAGUUGGGUCAUGUAGACAGACAGACAACAUCAAAGUGGAGUGGCGUUUCUGUCUUAGAUACAGGAUCAAC